UCACACCGACCAAGCAAACUACGCACCAGACUAGUUUCCCACUCAAGCUAGUACUCAACUACCACCACAAUGACGUGCGGUAAACUCUACGUUCAAUCAUACGGCCUCGUUUGGUUUUUGAGCACCGUGUUUCUGAUCUGCACUCCGCAGACAAAAAUCGCUGGCCUUAAACACGCUACCCAGGCGGUCUACAUGUACAACCUUGUUAUCCAGCGUCCGCGGAUCACAGGGGGGGCUCUAAGGAUUCCUCUUGACUCAACCGUCAAGUUUGUGAAAAACUUGAGCAGCGACAUCGAGCGCAACAUUAUACGUCUAACUCACGGUCCAAACAGCAAGACUCUUGUCCUGCGGGCCUCAAGCCCACAAGAACUACAGCAGUGGCUAGCCGCAAUCACAGCAGCACUGUCCACAUACGCAACCAACCAAAGCGCUGUAAAAGCGCCUGCCAAGAUGCGGAUGACCACGAUACCUAAGAUUCCAACAACCAGUGUGCCACCGUUUGCCGUGUCGAAGCAACACACUUCGACGCUUCCACAAAACCCCACCGUCAUUUGCUCGGCUCCAAUAGCUUGUUCUCUUCGGCGAGUGGUUCGACAAAACAUCCCAGCUGCCAUGCAGCUCUUCAUUUCGGUCGGCCAGAUCAUCGCGUCUGCUGGAUAA